AGAACGCAGGGAAAACUGCCAACAGUUGAAAAACAAAAGCAAGCGGCUCUUAGAGUUUGUUGUUGUAGACUGGUCCUUAUGGGCACCGGAAAAAGAGAAUAUGCCCAGUGUUUUAUGUCAUCAUUCCACUAUUUCAUCACUAUACAGCUCUAAUCUAUGUGACUUGCAGCACUGUAAAUAUUUUCUACCAAGAUGAUGCACAAGUAUUGCCUCAAUUCAAAAGCAUUAUUUCUGGUAAAAGUCUCAUAAUAUCUCAUCUCCAGAAGAGGGAGGCCAAAAUAGUAAAAGUCCUGGAAACUAUGCCCUUUUAGGAGUAACUAAGGAAGCUGGGUAUGUUUAGCCCAGAAAAGAUUGAAAGAUGAAAUGACAGCCAUGUUGAAAUAUUUGAAAGGAUCUCAAAUUGAAGAUGGAGCCAGAUUGUUUUCUGCUACUCCAGAAACUAGAACACAAAACGAAGCAUUCAAACCACAGGAAAAGAGAUUCCUCCUAAGCAUUAGAAAUAACUCCUUAAUGUCAAAUCUAGAUAAACGAUGGUUGAUACUUCCAAAAGCUUUGUCGGAAAAACAGACUCUUACAGAUCCAGAUCUAGUGAUUUUAUUUUUGAAGAUCUCAGUGAGGCAGAGAUAGAAGAAGAAGAGGUAACAAAUGGAAGUCAGGACAUAAUAAUUGAAGACAUAGUAGUUGAAGAACCAAUAGAGGAAAUUUUUGUUCCAGUGCAGAUCACAGAUCGGAUCUUUUUUGUUGAUUUAGCCAACAAGAAACUGACAGCGAUCCCUUGCCAGGUUUUUGAUCUGAAAGACUUGGAGGAAUUGCAUUUGGAAAGAAAUAUGAUUGAGAGCAUCCCUGAAAGCAUUGAUCAACUCAAGAAUGUGAAAGUCCUUUAUCUGAAUAAGAAUAACAUUGGAACCUUAUGCAAGGAAUUUGGAGAACUGAAAUGUCUUCAGAACUUGGAUUUAAGCAAUAACCCACUUUCUUAUGAUUCACUGAAUAUUGUCAGUAAACUGCGAGCACUUUGCCAGCUCCGAUUAUAUGAUGUCAACCUGGAUGAAUUUCCAGUCGAAAUCUGCAAGCAUCUCCAUCACCUGAAGCUCCUUGGCCUGUCUACAAAUAAUCUAACUUGCCUUCCCAAAGAAGUGGUCAACAUGACCAAACUUACAGAGAUCUAUUUAAAAAGCAACAAAUUUGAAAAUUUCCCCCAAGAACUUUGUCAUCUGUAUAAUUUAGAGAUAAUAGAUCUAGAAAAAAAUGAACUGAACUCCAUACCAGAAGAAAUUUGCUCCCUGAAACGUCUGGCCCAGUUCUUCAUUGCAUAUAAUAGCUUGACAGCUGUCCCUGAUACAUUGAGCAAGUGCUCAAAAUUGUCCAUUUUGGAUUUGUCCAAUAACCUUCUACACAAACUUCCUCGAAGUCUAAAAGAGUUGACAGAAAUAAAAGAAUUUGGGUUGUCCGGGAACCCUCUGGCAAACUUCCCACGCCAGAUUCGUCGCUGGAGGUCUCUCAUUGUGGUUUACUUGAAAAACUGUACAUUACAGAUGGUGCACCCCUCUUUAGCCAAGCUCACCAACAUGAUGAUAUUAGACCUGAGUGAAAAUCUCCUGGAUACCUUUCCAAGGGAGAUUUGCACAAUGGAAAACUUGGAGGUGCUGGCAUUGGAUGACAAUCAGAUAACUGAGGUACCUCCAGAAGUACACAGACUUUCUCGGCUAAAAUGCCUCGGCCUGACCAGCAACAGAUUCGCCUGGUUCCCAGAGGAAAUAUUUCAUCUUCAGUCACUAGAGAAACUGUACAUGGGGCAAGACAAAGGAACCAAGCUUGCAGAUUUACCAGAAAACAUCAGUCAGUUACAGAACUUGAAGGAACUGUACCUUGAGAAGAAUGAUUUGGAGUAUCUUCCAACAAGCAUUGGCUUACUGAAUAACCUGGAAAUACUUGACUGUCACAACAACUUUCUUAUAGAGCUGCCUGACUCCAUAUGCCGCCUACAAGGUUUGCAAAAGCUACUACUUCACAGCAAUCAGUUAUUUCAACUCCCGGAGAACUUGGAUAGCUUAGAGAAACUGCAGGUUCUUUCCCUCGAGGGAAACCCACUGAUGGAUCCACCGGUGGAAGUGUUUUCCGAAGGCCUGCCAGCCAUAUGGCAGUACUUAAAAGAUGCAAGACUGCGGAGGGCCUGGGCUGUCAAGGUACAAAUCAACUUCAGAACAAUACAAGAAGAAUGCCAGGCAGCAUUGUGGAGGUCCAGGCUUGCUGGCGUGGCAUCAUGGUGCGCAAGGGUCUCGGGCCCUAUGCAGAGAUCCAGAAAAUGAUAAAGAAAGCCAAGAAAGAGAAGAAAGAAAAGAAAGGCAAAGAUAAGGGGAAGGAGAAGGGGAAAGGGAAGGACAAAGAUAAGGGCAAGGCUAAAGGCAAGGGAAAGAAGAAAUAGUUCUUCUGUGGUUGAAACAUAAAGCAGAUUUUAAAAGCCAAUGGAGCCAGGGAAUAAAAACAAAGCAGAAC